AGCGAGGGCAAGCGAUUUCAAAGUUCCUCGUACUCGUAGUCGACCGAAACACUUUGCUUUCAGCUAGAUGUGCAAGAAUAGCUUCAUCAUCAUCUUACGUAUAUCCAGGCGUUCUGGCUAGAAGGACUGUCGAGGACACGAUGCUGUGCUCGAAUAUCAGCGCACAGGUACGGGGCAGGGCCGUGUCUUUAGUACGAUGCGGCCGAAUCUCCCUGCUCGCAGGAUGCCGAACUGCAGUAGGACCUUUGAACGUGUCAAGUCUACGUGGGUUGGCGAGUAAGGUACAACAAGACCUCGUCGUCGGAGGGAUUGCAUAUCCUAAGGACGCUUGGACGAAUACUCCUGGGACAAUCCUCUCCAAGAUCCCGAAACGGUUGCACGACCAGGCCGACCAUCCUAUAGGGAUCCUUCGGUCCCAAAUCGAAUCCCAUUUCAAGGGUUUCACGCCUGUCUCGCCCGCUGCAGCUGUAGUCACAGUCAAGGAGAACUUUGACGAACUCGGCUUCGCUCCUGAUCAUCCAGGCCGCUCGAUGACGGAUUCCUACUACCUCAACAAGGACAACAUGUUGCGGACACAUACUUCAGCUCACGAGGUUGCCACAUUCAGGGCUGGACAUGACAGCUGGCUCCUCUCUGCGGAUGUUUACAGGCGGGACGAGAUCGAUUCUUCCCACUAUCCCGCUUUUCACCAGAUGGAAGGAGCUCGAGUUUGGGAGCAAAGCGACCUGGCCGUAUUGAAGAAGCUGAACGCUGAGAUGAAAAAGCAACUGGAAGCCUGUCCUCUGCUUAUCGAAGAUAUCGCAAUGACGUCAGGUGACAACCCUUAUCAGGCGGAACAUGACCCGGAAUUUGCUGCAGAGGUCGCGCAAAACCUGAAGCAUAGCCUGAACUCGCUCAUCUUCCGCCUGUUCGGACAGACCCGACCAGGAGGUGCUGCUUCGAAUGAGGAACCGCUCAAGGUCAGGUGGAUCGAGGCGUUCUUCCCCUUUACAUCUCCUAGCUACGAGGUCGAGGUCUGGUGGGGAGGCGAAUGGCUCGAGAUUCUCGGUUGCGGAGUAGUCAAACAGCAGACUCUUAUCACUGCAGACGUGCCCCACAAAAUCGGCUGGGCUUUUGGACUGGGUCUCGAACGCAUCGCCAUGAUUCUCUUUUCGAUACCUGACAUCCGUCUGUUCUGGUCGGAAGACGCUCGCUUCACCAAGCAAUUCCAGGCCGGACAGAUAACUACCUUCCAGCCAUACUCAAAAUACCCGCCAUGCAUCAAGGAUAUCAGCUUCUGGUUGCCCGAAACCGCCUCAGAGGAACACGGAGCUAAGGCUGCCGGCGGAGGCGGUGCCGUUGUGCAGGGCAGGAAGCCAUUCCACGAGAACGAUUUCUGCGAGAUCGUCAGGGAUGUGGCCGGGGACCUGGUAGAGAAUGUCAACCUCAUCGACGACUUUACGCACAAGAAGACCGGCAGAAAAAGCAAGUGCUAUCGUAUCACUUACCGAUCGAUGGAUAGAUCGCUAUCAAAUGAAGAGGUCAACAAGCUGCAGAGCAUAGCGAGCGGUCGAUUGGUUGACGAGAUGGGCUUGGAGCUUCGAUGACGGCAUUUGCCGUUGGACAUAUAACGAAAUAGAUAUAACGACAGCGCACAACUCGAUACAACUUUGAUGUAACACAUACCAUACCAAGUCGUCUAAGGGUGU